AUGUUAAGACUUCAACCAAAACAUCAAAAAGUAAAUGAAUCAUUAAGAGCCAUACGUUCUCAAGGAGUGCGCUUACUUGGACCUGGAUCAAAAAUUAGUCAAAAUUCGAAGGCAAAAUUGAUUGCGUUAUAUCAGACAGCCCAAAAACAAUGUGUGAGUGAACACUCGACAAUUAUGCAAUUAUUGGAUAAUAUACAAGCUGUUCGCCAGCUACGUUUAAAGCAAAGAAUGGCAGAUAAAUUAUCUCGGGGCUCGCUUAUGAUUUUGCUAGCGCAGCAUGCUGCUACUUUGCCUUUGUAUGUUGGAUAUAUUGAAGGACAUCCACCUCCUCUCGUUGGGGCAAUUCCUAGAUUGAAUGGAGAACCUAUUAGUGUCGGUCAUUUUGUUGCUGCUUUUAGUGAAGAUAUUUGGAUUCUUGGGGAAGUGAAGGCCCAUAUACCAACUGAUUAUGGUCUAGAAUAUUCAAUUCGAGAUAUUGAUGAUGAAGUUGAAGAGGAAGGAGGAGGUAUGGUAGCUGGGACAAGUAGCAGCACCAACAACACUACUCUAACUACAAACAACGAGAAACUUUUAACUGUUGAUUCAAAUAAAGUAAUUGCUUUACCACAUUAUCGAGCCGAUCCUCGACGUCAUGCACAUGCUUUAUUUCCAAAAGGGGCAAUAGUUUUGGCUUUAUAUCCUCAAACAACUUGCUUCUAUAAAGGAAUUGUGGAAACACCGCCAAGUGGACCCAAUGAUGAUUAUUUAAUCGCAUUUGAAGACUCAACCUUCUCUACGGGUUAUUCCCCAACACUUCCUGUACCACAAUUUUAUGUUUUAACAUUUCGAGAUGUUUCAUCUUCGACAAUUUGUGCAUAUUUUAAUAAAAAUAAGAGAAAAACAUUGUCCCCAGAAACAAAAGAAACAUCGUCAACUUCUUCAACUUGA